AAACCAAGAGUUCAUAUAUAGCUUUACAAAAGUGGCCACGAAACCAUUUCGCCAAAUAUUUACACAUCUCUAAUUAGGCUAACUGUGCACUUCCCCUGCUGUCUUUCGCGUGAUAUUUUCAGUUCAAAUUCGAUCCCCAGCGGCGAUUCGAUUCCGGCUGAAAAAUCUGUUCAGAGCAAUUAGCUGAUCCCAGCGAAGUAGAGAGGAAGGAAAGUAUGAGUGUAUUUGGAGGAGAUAGCUGGGCGAAGGAAGGGCAGUACAGGAAGAGAAGAAUCGAUGAAUUAAUGGCGGACAACAUCAAUUCUUCAGCUUAUAAGAAGCUGUCCAGCGGCAAAUUCGCCUGCCUCGUUUGUCCUCACUGUCCCGUCCUCGACACCCCUCUCAUGCUCUCUGCACAUGUGAAAGGGUCACGCCAUCGAGCAGCAGAGUCAAGGCUUAGAGAAAGAGAAUUAGGCAGGCAAGAUGAGAUAAACAAGAGAAUAGCCUUGUCAGAAUGUGUUACUGCCACCUCGAGCACCUUGACGUCCAGCCAAUUAUGUAAAUCAGCAAACAAACCAUUGAUUGAGCGCGCAAAGAAAGCUGCUUCUGACAUACUUCAUCAAAAUUUGGCCCAAAGUACUGCUUCUCGAGUGGAUGAGAUCAAAUGUAACAAGGGUGAUGGUACAAGUUGUCUAACUAAUAAAAGGAAUAGUCAAUCUGUUCAAAUAGGAGUCACAACAAAUCAAACUAUCAUACCUCAUGCAUACGACCGGGAACGACAAGAGAAGGAGCUUAAGUUCACAUCUGCUGGAUGGAAGCGUGAUGGCCAUGGGAAGUGGUAUAAGGAUGAAAAUGUUGAGUUUGACUCAGAUGAAGAAGAUCCUAAUCUCUCUCUUCCGUGACUGUUGGUUGAAAAAAGCAUCCAUCGCUGCGCAUCACUUUCCUCAUAGGGAGUUGAAUACUAGUCAGGUCAAAUUCAAGGAUAACCAGAUACAUUCAAUGUGUGAAAGGCCAAGCAAUUGUUAGUUCUGAUGCUUGCUCACGCUUCAAGUUAUCAUUAUCAAUAAGCAUGAGAAAGUUGCAAUGCAGAAGUUUUUCAAUUUAGCAGGAAUGCGUCUCUGAAUAUGAUGCUUUGGUUUCUGUUGGAUAUGAAUGGUGAACAUGAUGCUUUGAAUGAGAUAGGUUUGAACAGUUGAGCUGGAAUGCAGUGCUCUGCUGGAUACUGAUUGAGCAGCUGAGGUGACGAUAGUUAAGGGUCUCUAUUUCUGCUAUUUUCUCCCUUUGAAUCCUCAAUUUGUCUUAGCCACAAAACCAACAGGGUGAAGCGAUUGGGAAGUGAAUUAUUUGGCCUUCACUUUUGGCAUCUACUAUGUCUUUCCUCAAAAUAGGUGUAAAAUUACCGAGGCUUACAUUAUAAUGGUAUUUGUGGUAGUCUCCCACAAAAUAGGUGUGAAUAUAUCUCAUCCUUCCUUCCCAUUCUCUGGUCUCCAAUGUAAUAGAAAAAAAUUAAAGAGAAAGAGUCUGAAUUUUCUCGUGUUACGCAAGUCUAUGGAAAGGUAACUGGCUCCAGCUUCAAUAGUUGAUGAUUAUUGAGGCUUUCUUUGUCGAUAUUCUAUUUAUGAAUAGCAGCAAGCAAGAACUCAAAUUAUGCA